AUGCGCAUCUACCUCCUCUUGCGUGACAUACUGCUGCUUGGGCUGGCAGUAUGUGGCUACGGCGCCAAUGUUGUCAGGCAGGCUUCAGCAAGUAGCUGUAGCGUGGCAACAACGACCAUCACCAGCGCUAGCGACGCUGCGAGCUUCGCGACCGCUUGUCCUACAUUCACCGGCGAUGUUGCACUCUCAACCAAAGCCGCCGGCAAUUUGUCCUUCGAUGGGCUGGUCAAUCUACAGGGCUCCUUCAUUGCAGCAGGGUCCGGUCAGCUCAACAGCCUCUCAUCCAACAGCCUGCAAUUCAUUACCAGUAGCGUCUCUCUUGCCAACUUGACCGGCUUGAAAAGGUUCAACUUCAGCCAGCUGCAGUCAGUCAACACCAUCACGCUACAAGGCAUCCCACAGCUCGACACAUUGUCUCUGCUGCAGACGGUGCAAAGUGUCGGCAUGAUCCAAGUCAACAACACGCAGAUUCGGAGCCUAGACGGUUUUAAACUGCAGAGCGUAGUGAGGAUGAUAGUGGUGAACAACGACAAAUUGGUGAACCUCAACUUACAACUGUACAAUAUCACCGGCCUACUUCAAGUCCAGGGCAAUAACCCUGCGCUCAACCUCUCGCUGCCGAACCUGGGAUCUGCACACCAGUUUGCGAUCUACAACGUAACCGCAAUGUCCGUACCAGCGCUCACCCAGAUACCCGGUCAAGCCGUGUUCAUUGCCAACUACUUCACGACCUUUAGCGCUCCACUCUUGCAAUUCGUUGGUGGAGGUCUUGGAUUUGGACUUAACAACAAUCUGACGAAUUUGUCUAUGCCAGCGUUGGACACUGUCCAGAAUGGACUCGAAAUUGCGUACAACUACAAAAUGAGUACCAUGGAGGGAUUGUCCGCCUUAAAAACUGUAAAAGGCGGCUUGCUCUUCCUUGGCAACUUCACAGACAUUACGCUCCCAAGCCUCAAGAAUGUCACCCAGCUCUUCAACAUCACCUCUCAGCAAGCACUGUCGUGUGACUCCUUCGACACGCUUUAUCAAGAGCACGCCAUUUCAGGCAACUAUACCUGUGCAUCGCUAACCGACCGCGGCGGUAUAGCAGCAGCUAGGAACAGCAGUAGUGGCAUUGCGAGUAACAGCACUGUGUCCACGCUUUCUGGUACUCAACAAGGCCUGUCCAGCCCCGCAAAGACCGGUGUUGGCGUUGGUGUUGGCUUGGGAGGUGCAGCGCUACUCUUGGCCAUCGUCCUUGGCGUCAUCUACUUACGCCGAAAACGAAACACCAAGUCACAAUCUGCAGACGCUUUACCAGAAGCAGACGGCAAGGAGAUUGAACGUGCGGUCAUGCUCGAUGGAAACCAGAAAGUAGAGCUUGAAACGCCGGUGGCGGAGCUGCACUCGGGCAAGAGGGCUUUGGCGCAGGAACUAGAAGCGCAAGAGGGCGACGUAGAACUGGGUCGUAGUCCAUCUUCGGCGGCAUUGCCGCCGGGUAUCGAAAGUAGGCAUGAGAUGCCGGCCAACGAGGUCCCGCCAAUGUACAGUCCUCAUAGAGAGGAGGUAGAUGGUGCGUAG